CUUUUCAAUGAAAUAUUUCAAUUGCUUUUCUUUAGUGCUCGACGCUAUGGGAAAACCACAGGCCGGAAUGCUGAAGGGUCAGAAAACAUUUGCGGGUCAAUAUGACGAAUGUCGGGAGAUCUCGUACGAGAUGCAAAGUGGUCACGUGAUCCAGGGCCAGUUCUGUACUCCGCAAGUGAUGUUGGACUUUUCAAGUCUGGGGGAAUUAGCGGGGCCUCUCACCAUGUUGCUGACCCCCCUUUACGUGGACAUGUGUCUUCCGGCUUCGUGCACCGAUGCAGAUGUCUUCGUGCUCUUUGAAAGCCCCGUAGAAAACCUCGGAGCAAAACUAACAGCAGCUUCGUGUGUGAAAGACAAGGAUCCUACUACUGAUGCAGGGUUCUGGGUGGCAAUCGUUUUCAUGGCUGUCUUGGUCGUGCUCUGUGCAUGGGGGACAAGCUACAGCGUGCUGCUGAAAAGGGAUAAAAGAAAAGAGAAAAAGUACCAGUCAGAGACAUCGAGGACAGCAGCAACAAACGGCCAUGUCAACAAGGCGUUUGAUGAUGGACUUCCUGAAAAAGCAGGAAAUGACGUCAUUGCCCCGACUGAUGUCACAGUUGUUGACAAACCUUCCCCCGCCGUAGCUUGUAACAACGGAUUAAAAAUCGUUGUGUCAAAACCCGAAAAUCCUUCAAAUGCACAGAAGACCAAGUCAACAGGACUGGGCGGUCGGCUGCUGCUGUGUUUCUCUGUGCUGGACAACGGCAGAAAGUUGCUGGACUGCAGCAGAGGUCAGGCUGACCUGUCGUGUCUGCACGGCCUGCGCGUCAUCAGCAUCACGUGGGUCGUCCUCGGCCACUGCUUCUCCAUGUUCAUCGGGGCCACGGGCAACACUUUAGAAAACAUGCGGGACCUCGCUCUUAUGGUGAAGACCUGGACAAUGAUGCCUGUAAUUAGUGGAACUCUUUCUGUCGACACUUUUUUCGUGAUAAGUGGAUGUCUGACAUCGUACAUCUUUCUGCGUCAAGCUCAGAAAAGCAAAGGCAUCAACUGCAGAACUAUGGCUCUCUACUACGUACACAGAUUCUGGAGACUGACACCACUGUACAUGAUGUCUUUGCUGUUCUACGUUGGAAUUUCACCCUACCUUAUGACCGGUCCCUACGACAACUCCGAGAGACAGGACUUGACGAUCUGCAGGUCGCGCUGGUGGCUCAACCUCCUCUACGUCAACAACAUCGUCGAAGCCGACAAAAUGUGUUUUGGGUGGAGCUGGUACCUGGCCAACGACAUGCAGUUUUAUGUCAUCGCGCCGCUGGCUCUUCUACCUUGGGCUUAUGGGAAGAAAAUUAUCGGAAUUCUCGUCUGCCUGGCCCUCGUGGCGGUGCACAUAAUCAGCAACGGAGUCAUCGUCCACAGACAGAAAACGAUGUUCCUGAGCACGUAA